AUGAGGACGAUGAAGGAGGCCAGAUUUCCGGAUGAGAUCCGAACCAACCCGAAUAAGAGAAACACCGAUUUGUGGUGUCACUUCUAUAGCACUCACGGGCAUGCUACAGAGGAUUGCGUGAACCUGAGAGUCGAUGUGGCCCAACUCUUACGAGCCGGGCAUCUCAAGGAAUAUAUCAGUAACCGGGCCAAUCUCAACUUAAGCAAGAAUCAUGGGAAUAAGCCAGACGAGGCACCUCAACCUAUUCAUACGAUUAACAUGAUGUUCGAGGGGAAAACAAUAAACAAGAUAACUUACACCACUCUCCGAAAAUCCAAGGUGUCGUUUACAAUAGAGAGUCGAGGCUGGGACCCCGCCGAGAGUAGGAGCAUAUCCUUCACCAACAGUGACCGCGAAGGACCUGUCCCUCUUCACAAUAAUGCCCUGGUAAUAUCUGUUCAAAUUAUGAAUUCUUUCAUUAAGCGUGUGUUGAUUGAUCCAGAAAGUUCUGCAAACAUUAUCCAGCAACGCAUCCUGAAGGAAAUGGGGAUAGAUGACGCCAUCAUCCCCACAAUUAAAGUGCUGGUCGGGUUUAAUAUGGCAAGUGAGUUGACCCAAGGGGAGAUUGAGCUGCCGGUUCAUGCCGAUGAAUGUGGGGGCAACGUAUCAAAGGCUGGUGAACAAAAUAUUCGUGGAACAGAUCGGCAAAACCAUGGAAGUUUACAUCGACGACAUGCUGGUCAAAUAUUGCAUGAAGCUGAACUAGGAGAAGUGUGCCUUCGGGGUUCGUUCGCGAAUAUUCCUGGGCUAUUUGGUUUCCUUGCUGAGGGUAUCAAGAUGAACCCAGACAAGGUCAAUGCCAUUCAGGAAAUGUCGGAGGAACUGGGCAACGUCAAAGCUGUAUAG